UCCCUGCCCUGUCCUACCGGGAUCUGGCGGCGUGAUGUGAGCGCCCGUGGUCCCCCUGCACUCCAGCUUCGCAAAGCCAGCGCCAGCAUGCGCUAGGAACGUUUGUGCUGACUGAAGGCGAGAACGGGCACACUCAACUCAUCUCUGCAUCUCCAUUGUCCAUCACAGUGCCUGACACACAGUAGCCCUUCUGCAGAGGCCGGGAUCCAGGACAGGAUGGCGGCCAAGCAGCCCCCCCCUCUCAUGAAGAAGCACAGCCAGACGGACCUCGUGAGCCGCCUGAAGACCCGCAAAAUCCUUGGAGUGGGCGGGGAGGACGACGACGGGGAGGUGCACCGCUCCAAGAUCAGCCAGGUCUUGGGCAAUGAAAUCAAGUUUGCUGUUCGGGAGCCUUUGGGACUGAGGGUCUGGCAGUUUGUUUCCGCUGUGCUCUUCUCCGGCAUCGCGGUCAUGGCCCUUGCCUUCCCUGACCAGCUCUAUGACGCUGUCUUUGAUGGAGCCCAGGUGACCAGCAAGACCCCCAUCCGCCUCUAUGGGGGUGCCCUCCUCAGCAUUUCCCUGAUCAUGUGGAAUGCUCUCUACACGGCUGAGAAGGUUAUCAUUCGAUGGACUCUACUCACUGAAGCCUGCUACUUUGGGGUCCAGUUUUUGGUGGUCACUGCCACGCUGGCCGAGACGGGCCUCAUGUCCCUGGGAACUCUGCUGCUCCUGGCCAGCCGCCUUCUUUUUGUUGCCAUCAGCGUUUACUACUAUUACCAACUCGGCCGAAAACCCAAAAAAGUCUAGCUGACCACUGGGCUGGGGGCCCCUCUGGGGCCAGGAGGCCCUGGGCCUCAGUUUCCCUUUGGUUCCUGGAAGGCAGGAAGGACCCUGCCCUGCGCCAGGCAGAUAGGAAUGGCCCUCUUCCUUCCUCCUGGGCUCUUCCCAAUGCUGUGACCUGUGCUUUCAGGUUUGGGGAGGGACAGGGUCUCUGCAUCCCUGUUCUUUGCCCCACCCAAUGACGCCUCCUUUUCUUGGGCCUCUUGGCCUCCGGAUCCCCUGGACAGACACUGGCCGGAGAGCCUGCAUCACAGGGGUCCGGGCGGAGGCGAGGCCCUUCCCUCUUUCCUCUGAGAGAGGCUGCGGGCUGCCUCGUCCUCCCCUCCACCCCCUGCCAAUCUAGUGCCCAAGCAGGUGAACUUGGCUCCUGCCUAUGCCAAAAAACCCAAGAACUUGAUCUUGUGCCCCUACCCCUUGCGGGCCCUCCCCACAUGUGGCGGCCCCUCUUGACCCCUAAACACAUGCACCUGUCCUCCCCACAGCCCAGCUGCAGGCCGACAGGUGGGGGUGGCUGGCUGAGCUGGCAUUUGCCUUUCCUGUGAGGUGGGCCACAAGCAGCAGAGCCCUGUCCCGGCCACCACGGGCUCUCCUGGGGCCUUGCUCCAGGCUGCUCUGCCUCCCCCGCCCCAGCUCCCGAAGGCUCCUAGGAGUCCCCUUCCCCCAGCUGGCCUGGUCCAGAGGCUGUCAGCAGCCCCACCACAGGCUGGCCCUGACACGGACACAGAUCACCCAGACGGAGGCCACCUGUGAGUGAUGGGGUUUGGAGACGAGAAGAAAAGCAGUGGCAUUUCCUUGUCCCUUGGCAUGUUCUCCAGGUUCUGAUGCUUACCUGGCUUAGCCCCUCCCCUCUCCCUGCCCCUUCCCCAGGGUGCUGCUCUCUGGACUUCCAGCCUGGGCUAUCCCCAGGGCCUGGUGGGAUAGGACUGGGUACCCUUCAAACUCAGCAGGGGAACAAUAUAGAAAUAUUUCAGCAGGCCACCUGCUCUUGUGUCCCCCCCUCCCUCCCCAGAUGCCCUGGAGAGAGCUCACACUCCCUGCAGACUUCCCGGCCUGUGUGUCCCCCCAGAACUCCCUCCUCCUUCCUCUGUCCCACCGUUUUCCUUUCCUCCAGGACACUUGUGCUCACCAGGGGUGGCAGCCCUGUGUUCUGGGGACAGGUGUGGAAAACAGCAGCCCAGGCCCCAGUCUCACUUUCUGUAUUUGAAUAGAGUGUGUUUGGGGGGUGAGAUGAAUGGUCCUUUGGUGCAGCUCAGCUCUGGCUAGUGCCAGGUGGGCCUGCAUCUGGGAACCUUACCCUGCCCACACUGGGCACCACACUGCCUUCCCUGUGCCCAGCUGUCCCUGCAGCCACAUGCCUACUGAGGAUGCCACAUGUGCAGCUGAGGAGAGAGGCCCGGCAGGUCAGGUUCCUGAAGGCUGUACUGCUGGUUACCAUGACCGCGCAGAAGGGACAUCAGACACUAAGGAAGGGCCUGCUCUUAACCUGGCAUCCAUCUCUUGCCACUGAAGUUUGUGCCUGUCCCCAGGGGGAGUUCUGGGCAGGCUGGGAGCCCACCACUGACUUUGGGAGGUGGUGUUGGUGGCUGGUGGGCAGUGCCUCCAGACCAAGGCCAUGUCCUCCAUAUGACCCAUGCCUUUGAAGGCCUGGCUAGUUCUCCAGCAGGUGGUGGUUUGUCCUAAUAACCACUGGGUAUGGCAGGUAGGCCCCUUUGAGGCAGGCAGGGAAGUGGAGGCAUGGGCUCUUGUGUUGGGCAUCUGCUAGGGCUGAACUGGCCAAGCUACUUCGCUUUCAGCCGUGGGGGGGGGUAGUGAGGGCGCAGUGCCGUCCAGCCUCUGGCACGAACUUCGAAGUUCUUCGUGCUACUUGGUUAAACAUCCCCAUGAGGCCUGGAGGGAGCUGCUCUGGCAGACAGACACAUAGCCUGGGGGGAUGGUAAGGAGCCCUCAGGGAGGAGACAGUGACAAGGGGGAGAGGAACAAAGGAACCCACAAAUCUAUUAAAGAAGGCCCAGUGUGGGCCCAGGGCCCAUUCUAAAGGUUUGGGAAGACCCAGAAUGCCCCUUCCCAGUUCCCCCAGGUCCCCUUUGCCACCAGAACCCAGUACCCUCUUGCCAAGCUCCUGCCCCAGCCCAGCCCACCCUCACUCAAACCAAGACCACCUUUCUUCACGGUCACUAUUUAUUCUUCGUUCCUUUUUCAUUUUGUAAGAAACGGUCACAAAAACCAGUGCAAAACCAUCAGUGUGGGUGUCCUGUUUUAUAUUACAAAACUCUGGGUAUAUAAUAUAAAAGGGGCGCACAGGAAUAAACAUGAUAAAUUAGCUCUGCUA